AUGAGGAUAGCUUCUGGAGGGGAUUUAAACAAUUAUGUCAAGUUUGCUCUUUCUUUUCUCAAGGAAACUCCUCAAAGACCACUCACCCUUCACACUCGUCCAUUACCCAUCACCGACGCGUCAAAACCCAAGCAGACAAAGACAACCAUGACCUUACAAACCUGUACCACCUCAAUUCCUAAGCUCAUAUCCGUAGUAGAACGAGUCAAGAGGGAGUACAUAGUCUGGGCGAGGGAGACAUCUAGGAAAGGAUUGUGGCAAUAUACGAUCACUGGAUCAGAGAAUCAGCAAGCGACGGUGGAUCUAAAUAGAGUGUUGGAGGGAAAGACAAAACCAAAGAUGUCACAUCACCCUUGGCUUGAAAUCACACUUUCUACCUCUCCCCUAGGGUUAGAAAAAGAAUAUGGGGUGACUUGUCAAUAUGUCCUUACUGGCCGUAAACGAUCCAAAAAGGGUCGAAAAAAUAUGGAUACUCCGCAUGCUCCUACUGCGACGGCUGGACCCACUGUCAUUGACACAUCCACCGAGACGGAAGAAAAAGUAGUGGAAACUCCCUCCUCUGGUCAAAACCUCAUCAAUGACGGCAAGAAAAAACGCAAGUCCGAAGGAUCUCAAACGCCCAAGGAUGUGAAACGCAAGAAAACGUCUUGA